AUGUUACAUAAUGAGCACGGUGGUGUGUGGUGGGAUAGCCUGUCACCUGCGCAGCGAGAGGAGUGUGUGUUUGAGUUGGGCGUGCUAGCAGAGAGGGCUCUGUCUGACCGAGACCUGCUGGCUCUGUGUGAACUACCAGGAGCAUUCCACAUCUACAGGCAGGGUGACUGUGAGGAGGAGGGGAAACUCAGGGUGCAGUCAUGGUCGGCCCAUCCUCAGGAGCUUGCCUGGACAGCACUGGUGUUCCUGAUGGAACUGGAGUCCUUUUACCAGGAGGAGAAAAGAGCACUGAGUACACUCAUGACCAGGGUGGAUCAGGCUGUGCAGUGUGAAGUGUGUAUAUGUUUGCAUUUGGCAGUGACAAGAGCACAGAGAGAAACACACUCCCAUGCAGCUCUCCUGGCAGCAAGACAGAACUGGGAGACAUGGCCAGAUGUAAACACUGAUACCAGAGGGGAGCAUCUAGCUACUUUAAUUCGACAAAGAGACAAGCAUCCAGAGAAUAAUUCCACACACAACUUGCAGGAUUUCCGUGACAACCAGGAGACGCAGUCUGAGUGCCCAGCCAAUCAGAGUGCAGAGACUUCUAUGGACCCUGGAGACCGUCUUCUCAUGGAGGAAACUCCAUAUUUGGAGAUCCUCUGUGAUAGGAGUCAGUGUGAUGUACAGCAUGGCGAGCCAAUAGCAGCAGAAGAGGGGCAGGGCCUUGAGAAGCAGGGUUCUCUGAUUGCAGCAGCCUGGGGUGACAUCAGUGAACCAGCCAAUCAAGACUCACCUCCACAGUCACCUCUUGACCAGGACCAGGAAGCAGUCAGUUCAGAGGAGCCUUCAGAGGAGACGCCCGACCUCACACACACACUCCUCACAGAUGCGCCUGCAGCACACACACUCCACACACACCCACACACUGGAGAUCCUCAGACACUACACACUCACUCAGAGCCUCAGACACUACACACUCUCCUCACAGACGUGCCUGCAAUGCACACACUCUUGCAUACUGAAGACCUCCAAUCACAACUUUCUCAAUCUGAAUAUACACCGAAUAUACACACACUCCAAACGUAUACAGACAUUGGAGAUCCUCAAACACAGCACGCACACUUAAAACCGCAGAAAACACACCCCGACAGGUCACACACGCCCGUCAUGAUGGGCGAAGAACCUGAAGUGUGUGUGGAGUCGUGUGCUGAAGUAGACGAGGGUGUGUGUUCUGUGUGUAUCGACCAGGAGAGCGUGUUCACAGACGAAGGGAGCGUGUGUGAGGAGGAGAGUGUGUGUGGAGAGGAUGUGUGUGUCGAGGGAGUCUAUGAGACUCAGGAGGGUGUGUGUCCAGAUGUAGAAGAGAUGUGUGGUGCUGCAAAAAGUGUGUUUGAGAAUCGGAAAAGUGUGUGUGAGAAUCACAACGGUGUGCCUGAGAAACAGGAGGGAGGAGGAUGA